AUGCUCUGGGGAGAUGAGGUCGAGUACUUGGUCGUGACCUACUCAAAGGACGAGCCCAAGGUCCGCCUGUCUCUUAGACAAGCCGAGAUUCUCACAGCACUCGCCGAGAGCCCGGAUCUCGCAAAGGAGGGAGGCUGCGUACCAGAGCUCCAGGAAGUCGCCAGGGAACAGUCAUCAGUAACCCUCCCCGUCUUCCACCCGGAAUUCGGCCGCUUCAUGCUCGAAGCCACCCCCGGCAAACCCUGGGGCAUCGGCUUCAAGGAACUCCUCGACGUCGAACCCGACAUGAAGCUCCGCCGCAAGAUCGCAAAGGACCACAUGCACAGCAACGAGUACCCCAUCACCCUCACCACCUUCCCCCGCAUCGGCUGCCCGGGCGACUUCACGGAACCCUACUACCCUCCCUCGGGCCCCAAACUCCGCUCCCAGUUCGUGCCCGACGAGAUCGCCAACCCGCACAUCCGCUUCCCCACCCUCGCCGCCAACAUCCGCUGGCGCCGCGGCCGCAAAGUCCAGGUCAACGUGCCCGUCUUCCACGACACCAACACGCCCAACCCCUGGAAGGAUCCCACCGUCAACCGCGACCUGCACAACUGGCCCGAGGACGACGACGUCCGCGACGGCGGCGCCGCCCCGGACAACUUUAUCCACAUGGACGCCAUGGCGUUCGGCAUGGGCAGCUGCUGUCUGCAGAUUACCUUCCAGGCCAAAAACAUCACCGAGGGCCGCAAGAUGUACGACCAGCUCAGCCCGCUGGGGCCCAUCAUGCUCGCCCUGACGGCGGCCACGCCCGUGUAUAAGGGAUUCUUGGCCAAUACCGACGUGAGGUGGAAUCAGAUCAGCCGGGCCGUGGACUGCAGAACCCCUGAGGAACUCGGAGAAAAGCCCCUUAAAAACGACCGCUGGCGCAUCCCCAAGUCCCGCUACGCCUCAAACUCAACCUACAUCUCCACAGACCCGCGCCUCCGCCAGGAAUACCUCGACCCGAACCUCGUCAUCGACGAGUCCAUCAAAUCUAAACUCAUGGACGGCGGCAUGGACGACCGCCUCGCCACCCACUUCGCCCACCUCUUCAUCCGCGACCCCAUCGUCGUCUUCGAAGAAGACCUCCAGGAGCUCGACCUCUCCAAGACGGACCACUUCGAGAACCUCCAGUCCACAAACUGGCAGCACAUGCGCUUCAAGCCCCCGCCCGCCGACAACUCCAUCGGCUGGCGCGUCGAGUUCCGCCCCAUGGAGAUCCAGCUCACCGACUUCGAGAACGCCGCGUUUUCCGUCUUCAUGGUCCUCGUCACCCGCGCCAUCCUCUCGUUCGACCUCAACUUUUACAUCCCCAUCACCAAAGUCGACGAGAACAUGGAGCGCGCGCACGCCGUCGACGCAGUCCUCGAGGAGAAAUUCUUCUUCCGCAGGAACCCCUUCCCCAGCCGCCAGGUCCGCGUCAACAACUUCACCCAAGGCGGCGGCGGCGAUAACGACGCUAGCCGUCCCAACUCCCGCCCCGGCUCCGCAGUCCCCAGCCGUCCCCCCACCCCCGUCGGCCCCGUCGAAGACGAAUACGCCGAAAUGACAGUCAACGACAUCAUCAACGGCAGCAACUCAGACUCCUCGGACGGCUUCCCGGGCCUGAUCCCCCUCGUAGAAUCCUACCUCGACAGCGUAAACGUCGACGUCCAAACCCGCUGCGAACUCGACACCUACCUCCGCCUCAUCAGCCAGCGCGCCUCGGGCCAGCUCGACACCGCCGCCCGCUGGCUCCGCAACCUCGUCGACGUCCACCCGGGCUACAAGCACGACAGCGCUGUGGGCGAGGACGUGCAAAAGGAUAUUAUUGCCGCCGUCGUCGCCAUCGGCGAGCGCGAGACGGCCGGAGCCGGGUUCGCGGGGCUGGAUAUCCAUGGCCUGCCGAAGCUGCUCGGGAACUUCCGCCGGGGCUGCGGCGGCGCCAGCGGUGAUCAGCAGCAGCAGCCGGAGGUCUCCGCGAGGAAGAGGAAGGCUUCCGAACAGGCUUAG